AUGUGGUGCCUGGCUUAUGGUGAUUGGGAGUGUCCGCCAGGGAAGACCGUCUCCAAACACAUUCCUACCCACUUCCAAUCUAUAGGUUCGGUGAAGUGGGGGCCAAUCUCCAAGGAGCAAGAAGAAGAGGUUGAGAGGGUGAGGUCAUUGCUGUCAGAGACCGAGCGUGAUUAUAGAAACCUAGUCACCCAGAAGAAUAUGUUUGAGUCCGGCCUUUUGCAAGGAAUGGCAGGUAUUAUAAAGGGAAGCACGAAAGUGGUUGUGGAUCUGGACGAUGUCGAGAUGCAGAGGCGGCUUAGGGAGUCUUGGGUGAAGAAGGCUGAGAAGAAGGGUACCAGGCAGGCGACUGGUAAGCGUCCUGGAGAUGACGAUGAAGGGCGGGUUGCCGAUGUUCUAGGAAAGAAGAGAGCGCUGGAGGAAGCUCACCAGAGUGUGAUGGGAAUAAGGCCAAGGCUUCUUCCCUUUGACCUACAGGCGUCGUCGAAGCUCCCCUUCAGUAUGAAGGAUGUUUAUGUCGAGGGGCUGGAGAAGGUGGACUUCUCCAUGCUGCGUCGACAGAAGAAGGAGGCCUUUGUUGAGAUGUAUGUCAACAUGGCCAAGGCAGAUAAGGAGAUCCAUAGAUUAAAGAGGCGUAAUGAGAUGGCCAAGAAUAAGAUAGCGGAGGCGCAGGAAGCCAUUCGAGAGAAGAACGCCCUGCUAGAGGUGGAGGAGCUGAAGCGGUCGAGGGCCGAGGAGGUAGUUGCUGCCCGGGCCGAAGUGGAGCAGAAGAAGGCUGAAGAGAUAGCUGCUGCCCAAGCCGAAGCGGUCGAGUCGUUUCGGAGUUCAGAGGAGCUGUGGAGUUACGUCAUGGAUCGAAUGGUAGAUGCGCAGCAAAGUUGGGAGGAGAGGCUGGCAAGGUUCAACCCUUCGGUUGAGAUUAACUUUGAUAUGAGUGGCGAGCCUCCUUCACCUAGUCCUACUACCGAGGCCACUCCAGAGCUAGAGCCGGCUACUACAGAUGUGUCGAAAGGCAAGAGGUACAAGAGUUGGUUGAGUUGGGCCGUCAUGUGGGAGAAUGAGACCACGUUCUUCCUUUUCACAGAAGGUGAUGAGGGCCCAGCCCGAUUUUUGCGUCUUAGGCAUGCGUCCGUACUCAAUGCUGAAAACUUGGUGAGCAUAGGAAGAGCGGACAUAGUGUUUGAUGGAGUUGUUGGAGGUUCCGACCAACGUGGGACCACCGUUGAUGGUGGAGAUCAUGUUGAUCUAUCUUUAGUGAGGGUUAGGUGGGGAUGGAAGGUUGUGCACAUAUUUAUCCAACUUCCCUUCACGAAUAAGUCCUUCAAUGAUGUUGCGCAAGGCAACACAAGAUUCGGUAUCGUGGUCACUGAACUGAUGAAAAUGGCAAAAGACACUUGUGUUUGGCAUAGGCUUGUUGGUCGGUCUCCUUGGGGGAGGUUUAAGUAUUAUGGGUGCCUCGUGCACUAA